AUGUCCGCCGCCGUCGGCUCGCCGUACCGGGCCGCCCCCGCCGCGCAGCACCGCCGGAAGGGGCGCGCCGGCGCCGUCACGCUCCGGUGCUCCAAGGUGGCUGCGGCCGCGGCCGCGCCCAUCCUGGACGACCUGAGGCUGCAGUGCGCGACGCCGCUCCCCCUGCUGCGGCACGUGGCGGGCGCCAUGGCCGCCGGCAUGCGCGCCGGGCUCGCCGUGGACGGCGCCGGCGAGCUCAAGAUGAUCCCCAGCUAUGUCUACUCGCUCCCCACCGGGAGUGAAACAGGGCUGUUCUAUGCUCUGGAUCUGGGAGGCACCAACUUCAGAGUGCUGAGGGUGCAGCUGGGGGGAAAAGAUGGGCGCGUCGUCGACACAGAGUCCGAGCAAGUGUCGAUCCCAAAGGAAAUCAUGCAUGGUACAACCGAGGAGCUGUUCGAUUUUAUUGCGGCCCGCCUAUCGAAUUUUGUAGCGAAGGAGGGUGGUAAUUUUCAUCUUCAGGAGGGCCGGAAAAGGGAGAUAGGCUUUACGUUCUCCUUCCCGGUGAAGCAGACUUCCAUUGACUCUGGCAUUCUGAUCAAGUGGACCAAGGGUUUUGCUGUCUCUGGGACUGCCGGGAAGGAUGUGGUUGCCUGUCUGAAUGCCGCCAUGGAAAGACAGGGGCUUGACAUGAGUGUAUCUGCUCUGGUAAAUGAUACCGUUGGAGCGUUAGCUGGAGCGCACUAUUGGGACGAGGAUGUGAUGGUUGCGGUUAUUUUGGGAACUGGCACAAAUGCUUGCUACAUUGAGCGAACAGAGUCCAUCCCAAAGCUCCAACACCUCGGGCUUGGAACAGGAAACACGAUUAUCAACACUGAGUGGGGAGCCUUUUCAGAUGGUCUUCCACUAACUGAAUUUGACAGGGACAUGGAUGCUGAGAGCAUAAAUCCUGGUGAACAGAUAUUUGAGAAGACGAUUUCCGGGAUGUACCUUGGAGAAAUUGUUCGGAGGGUGCUGGCCAGCAUGGCUCAAGAGUCUGAUCUGUUCGGUCACUCGUUCGCUGACAAACUAACUGAGCCAUUUGUUCUAAGAACACCGCAUUUGUGUGCUAUGCAACAAGAUAACUCCGACGAUCUUGGAGAAGUUGAAUCAAUUUUGCGCGAUAUCAUCGGGGUCAACCAAUCUUCUGUAGCGGCACGAAGGGUUAUCGUAGAAGUUUCCGAUUGCAUCGUCAAGAGAGGUGGGCGGUUGGCUGGUGCCGGCAUUGCUGGCAUUCUUCAGAAGAUGGAGAAUGAUUCCAAGGGUCUGAUCUUGGGGAGAAGAACAGUGGUAGCGAUGGACGGCGGACUUUACGAGAAUUACCCUCAGUACAGGUUGUACAUGGUUGAGGCUAUGGCGGAGCUGCUUGGUCCACAGGACAUGGAGCACAUUGUCGUCGAGCACACCAAGGACGGCUCGGGCAUCGGCGCGGCACUUUUAGCAGCCGCAAACUCAAAAUGUGCAGCAGCUCAGCACUCGGCGUGA